UUUCCUAUUUCGAUAUACAUAUAUAUCUUUCAAUGACAUAUCUAGUGUCUGGCUUCGGCGUCUUCACUGCAUUUUAAGGAGGCACAUUGAGUUUGGAAUUGUCUACAAGUAAAAACAGUCCGAUUUACGGCUCAUCGUUCAAAACUAUCGAAAAGCAAUGCCAGUAGAGCAAUUUUGUUUACGUUGGAACAAUCAUCAUCCAAAUUUGAUAACGGUGUUUUCGACAUUUCUCCAGAAUGACCAGAUGGUUGAUGUAACAUUAAUUUCGGAAAAUCAAGAAAUUCACGCACAUAAGAUUGUUUUGUCAGCAUGCAGCCCAUUUUUUCAGAACAUCUUCUUGAGGAACUCAUGUAAACACCCGGUGAUUGUUUUGACCGGGAUUAAGUAUGACCACAUAAAAAGCCUCAUUUAUUUCAUCUAUAAUGGAGAAGUGAAUAUUCGCCAAGAUCAUUUGGCCGAGCUAUUACGAGUUGCCAAUACAUUGAAGAUUAAAGGUUUAGAUGAGGUUACAUCAAUUGGAUCGAGUGUUGAAAAUCAGGAUAUUGACGAUUCUAUAUUACCAAACACCGCUACUGAAGAGGAUACUUCGACAUCACAAACUACCAGUAUUGGGGUAAAGCAAAAGGACAUCACUGUUAAAAGCAUUGCAAGCACCAGCGAACAAACAAAAACCACGAAAAAACGCAAAAGCGUGACUUUUUCGGACACACCUGAAAUCGUUUGGGGACAUCUGGACGCCAAUUCAGAGGAGUGUCAAGUGGAAAACAGUGGAAAUGGGAAAAGAAAACUAAGGUCAUUGACUGACAUUUGCUCUAUAACAAAAAUAAAAAAAGUGGAUGAUGAGAAGAGCGAGUUGGAUAGUCGCGAUGAAGUAAGUAGAUCGACUGAAAAUGAAUUAUUCUUAUCAAUUAACCCACACAGUUUCUAUGCAUCGACUGAAUCUGCGAGCGGUGAUGACCAAGCGAUGAAAAACCCAUCGAAAAAGCAACGGAUCAGCGGCACAAGCCGAAAGAUGAUUCGGAAAAAUGAAAAUUUCUUGCGGGCUCUUCAAGCAGUACGAGAUGAGGGAAUGGGAUUUUGUAAAGCAGCCAAAAUACAUGGUGUCAAUAAUCGUACACUGUGGCUAGAAUAUCAAAAACUGGGCUACCCCAUGAAAAAUGCUCGAAAAAAGUCUCAAUCUUGAUAAUUAUAUCGAAUCACAUGCAACGUAGAGCACACCGUUGACCAAUCAUUGUGAUGAUUGCUAUAUGCGCCGGUGUAUUAUAAUAAUAUCCAUAUAUGAUAUUAUUACUUAUUGGCCUCUGUGAGAAUAAAUUGUAGUAUAAAACAUAUGUUUGUCUGCUGUUUGUCCUAAAAAAUUAAAAUUUGAAACGGAGUGAACCUUAAAUGCAGUUUUCCAAUGCCAUCUAUACGAAAUUUUAGCUACUGUUUCCGACAUGACGUUAGCUGGGCACGAAAAGUGUCAAAUCACUAUUGAUUAACAAAAUUAUUUCAGAGUUUGAUAAACAAUUAGUGCACAAUUGAGCAUUAUUCGGGCCGAAAUGGACUAUGAAGACGAUUUUAGUUGGGGUGUCGAUCCCGAUGUGAAUCCACAAGAGCAUCAGGACUUGCUCGUUGUGCGUUUUCUCAUUGAAAAUGGCUAUAUCCCAGCGCACUUUGAUGGUGCUCCACCGCCAGCAUCUAAGGAAGAAGUUGCACGAUUGGAAGAGCGCAAAGUGAAAAUAAACCGAUCAAGCCCGGAAAAAAAUUCCGAAAAAUGUAUGAUUUGCUUAAAGCUGGAUCCUGCCGAGCCCGACGAUGAAGACGAUGAUGUUAAAGACGACGGUUUGAAUCAAACUGACAAGGAUGGAUUUUAUGAGAAGGUUUUCAAAGUUAUGCCCUGCAGCCGCAGCCACGCAUUCCACAGCGAGUGUAUUUUGCCAUGGCUUGAGAAGACCAACUCAUGCCCAUUGUGCCGUCACGAGCUUAAAACUGAUGAUCCAGACUAUGAAAGACAAAGAGCAGAACGGGCUCGGGCGAAACAAAGAGAACAAGAUUUAGAAACACUUCAUAAUUCCAUGUUCGGUUGAUGAAAAUUGUCAAAAUGAUAUUUCGAUGCUAGUUUAAGAUUUUUGAAUAAACAACGGGUGAAUGAA